AUGAAACGGUAACAGAGGUGGCUGGGUUGACAUGGACUGUUGGGAGGAGCUCGGGUCUGAAGAGCACCAGCUCGGCAGAAGGAAGCGGAAAUAAACGCUCUGCUACCAGCUAGCUUCGGGCUCCUAGGACGGGCUGUGAGCGACGCUACACACUGUUGGUUGUCUCUUAUGGGGAGCAGGGAGAGCUAAACAACACGGUAACGUUUUGUUCCCUACGGUGGAUUCUUCCCAACCGAUCGUCGCAAGCGGUACUGCACUGUGACCUUUAUGUGAGCUCCAAGUCCUGAAGUCACUGCCGGGAGGAGAGACUUGGGGAAAAGCGUUCGACCACAGAAAGCUGGAUUGGACUUUUUCAUUUUUUUUAAAUUCCAACACAGAACCAAAACUACAGCCGUCGCUUUCCAGCUCGCCACGAGGACCAUGGAGGCCAUCGCCAAAUACGAUUUUAAAGCCACCGCUGAUGAUGAGCUUAGUUUCAAGCGUGGAGAAGUCCUGAAGGUGUUAAAUGAAGAGUGUGAUCAGAACUGGUACAAGGCAGAACUAAAUGGGAAAGACGGAUUCAUUCCCAAGAACUACAUAGAGAUGAAAGCCCAUCCGUGGUUCUUCGGGAAGAUUCCUCGUGCCAAAGCAGAGGAGAUGCUAAACAAACAGAGGCACGACGGGGCGUUCCUCAUCCGAGAGAGCGAGAGCGCACCGGGGGACUUCUCCCUCUCUGUGAAGUUCGGAAACGACGUGCAGCACUUUAAGGUUCUUCGCGACGGAGCUGGGAAGUACUUUCUCUGGGUGGUGAAGUUCAACUCCCUCAACGAGCUGGUGGACUACCACCGCACCACCUCAGUCUCCCGCAACCAGCAGAUCUUUCUCCGAGACAUCGAGCAGGUCCCCCAGCACCCCACAUACGUGCAAGCGCUCUUCGACUUCGACCCCCAGGAGGAAGGCGAACUGGGUUUCAGACGCGGAGACUUCAUUCAAGUCCUGGACAACUCCGACCCAAACUGGUGGAAAGGUGGCUGCCACGGCCAGACGGGCAUGUUUCCCCGCAACUACGUCACUCCCGUGAACCGGAACAUGUAGACAGUCCGACCGUGUAAACAACAACAACAACAGCAGCCCCAGCAACCAUCACCACCGUUGUCACCAUUCUUGAUCUCAUCGUCCCCGCCAUCCACCCCUCCACCUGUCUUCGGCCGUCCCACGACGACAGGAAGAACCGACUGACUGAGAGAAAGCAGGCGUAGCGCUGUAGGCGUGGCUGUGUGGGUGGCAGCAGAGCAAAUUGGACUUUUCUACUCGUGCCGAGCGCGUUCGCUUUCCCGCCGAACGCCUUGGCGAGGACCGAACCGUCUGAGGGAGGCCAGAGAAACUAAAGUUCCCCAAACGGUUCUGCGGCGCCCACCGCUGCUUCUCUCCUCCACUUCGUAACAUUCUGCCUUUGUGUUGUUCUUCCUUUCUUCGCCGCAUGUUCAGUUAUUCGUUUUAAGGAAAUGCCGACCGAUAAACCCCAACUUUGUUUUAAAGAAAGGUUUAAAUAAAAGUGUUUAAAAAAACUGAAAUGGUUUUAAAAUAACAAUAAAAAAAGUGAUGUCAUCUGUAAAACUGCAAGUUCCCAUGUUCGAGACCUUCGUGAGCAUCAGCCGCCGGCUUUGUAAAAGAAUCAAGUAUAGAGAGAAAUCGUUUUUUAAGAAUAUAUAUAAUAUGUGUUUGUCUGUUUUACCGCUCUCUCAUCAGAUCGUUUCCUUUUGUAAAUUAUCUCGUUAGACCUGGUGAGACCUGUUGGCGCUAGAAUGUGAUCGCUUGUCGGUCGACUUUGUGUCUCGUUUUUUUAAUCUGCGGUCCCAGAUUAUGCGACGCUUGUGCUGAGUUCCAUUUUUAAGGAGGUUGCUUGUGUGCAUCACGCGAGUUCAGGAGUCAUGGGGGACUUGGUCCCGUCAGGAAGCUAACCAGCAGCUAGAGCCAGGGAUGCUGCAGGAUCUGUAAGGAAAAGCCCGAAUUCAAGAGGCUACUUGUGGAAAGCCAACAUAUUUAUUGCAGCCAUUUUGUUUUUUACGUUUCUUUUUCCUGGCGGUGAAUGUAGCCGACUGAAUCUACAGAUAAACAUGAGGGAAGCGCGUCAGAGAGCUGAACCACAAAACCACACAAGGGAUUAAAAAGAGACAUGCUGAAAGCGUAAAUGUGUCCAUUUUCAUUCACUCACUCAUUGAGCGCAGUGUGUGCAGGUCGUUUGUAUUCAGACAGUGAUGCAUGCGUUCACUCUUCCCUACCUGCACAUGGCAAAGGGGGCGGAGUUUGGAUAAUCACGCGGUGUAAUCACCAGUGCAGAUCUGCAGCUGGCGCUCACACUUCAGAAACCUGAGAGAUUGUCUUUUUUUUAUUUUGAAGGUGAGAUCAGCGGAGAUGAUCGAGGAGAAACCGUGUGUUCCCCGUGGCGUGUGCUUGUGCACUUUUUUUUUCUUUUUCCUUUUUUGGUCGUGUCCAUUUUGUUUCCUGUGAUUCUUAGUUUCUUUUUCUUGUUCUCUCUGGAUAGUGCCUUUUUCUCUGGUGUUUCAGUGUCCCAUCUGCUCCCCACCUCACUCCCCCUCCACCUUGUCAGGGUUGGACGGUUCUUUGUUAAGUGUGAAUAAACUAAGAUGAUGUCCCAUGUGACCAAAUGCCACCGGCCCACCUUCUCAUCGACCCUCACCAACGUAGAACUCUUUAUUUGUGUCUCGCCUUGUCUUACCUAAUGACACUGUUUUGUUUUUGCUCCUUUAUUUGCAUUUUUUUGUUUUCAAUUAAUAAAAUGCAAUUAUUAAAA